UCAACAUGGCACCGUUGAAUGUCUUUAAUGUGGACACGACCUCAUCAAGCAUCUCCAAAGUCAACGCGGCCCCGUUGAGCAUCUCCAACGUGGACACGACCUCACUAAGCAUCUCCAAAGUCAACACAGUCCCGUUGAGCAUCUCCAACGUGGACACGACCUCACUGAGCAUCUCCGAAGUCAACGCGGCACCGUUGAGCGUCUCCAACAUGGACACGACCUCAUUGAGUAUCUCCAAAGGUAACGUGGCCCCAUUGAGUGUCUGCAACGUAGACACAACCUCAUCGAGCAUCUCCAAAGUCAACAUGGCACCGUUGAAUGUCUUUAAUGUGGACACGACCUCAUCAAGCAUCUCCAAAGUCAACGCGGCCCCGUUGAGCAUCUCCAACGUGGACACGACCUCACUAAGCAUCUCCAAAGUCAACACAGUCCCGUUGAGCAUCUCCAACGUGGACACGACCUCACUGAGCAUCUCCGAAGUCAACGCGGCACCGUUGAGCGUCUCCAACAUGGACACGACCUCAUUGAGUAUCUCCAAAGGUAACGUGGCCCCAUUGAGUGUCUGCAACGUAGACACAACCUCAUCGAGCAUCUCCAAAGUCAACAUGGCACCGUUGAAUGUCUUUAAUGUGGACACGACCUCAUCAAGCAUCUCCAAAGUCAACGCGGCCCCGUUGAGCAUCUCCAACGUGGACACGACCUCACUGAGCAUCUCCGAAGUCAACGCGGCACCGUUGAGCGUCUCCAACAUGGACACGACCUCAUUGAGUAUCUCCAAAGGUAACGUGGCCCCAUUGAGUGUCUGCAACGUAGACACAACCUCAUCGAGCAUCUCCAAAGUCAACAUGGCACCGUUGAAUGUCUUUAAUGUGGACACGACCUCAUCAAGCAUCUCCAAAGUCAACGCGGCCCCGUUGAGCAUCUCCAACGUGGACACGACCUCACUGAGCAUCUCCGAAGUCAACGCGGCACCGUUGAGCGUCUCCAACGUGGACACGACCUCAUUGAGUAUCUCCAAAGGUAACGUGGCCCCAUUGAGUGUCUGCAACGUAGACACAACCUCAUCGAGCAUCUCCAAAGUCAACAUGGCACCGUUGAAUGUCUUUAAUGUGGACACGACCUCAUCAAGCAUCUCCAAAGUCAACGCGGCCCCGUUGAGCAUCUCCAACGUGGACACGACCUCACUAAGCAUCUCCAAAGGUAACACAGCCCCGUUGAGCGUCUCCAACGCGGACACGACCUCGUCGAGCAUCUCCAAAGUCAACGCGGCACCGUUGAGCAUCUCCAACGUGGACACGACCUCACUGAGUAUCUCCAAAGUCAACGUGGUCCCGUUGAGCGUCUCCAACGUGGACUUGGCCCCACUGGGUGUCUCCAAGGUGGACACGACCUCAUUGGGUGUCGCCAACGUCAACGCAUCCCCAUUGAGCGUCUGCAUCGUGGACAGGGCCCCACUGGGCGUCUGCAAUGUCAACAUGGUCCCGUUGAACGUCUCCAACAUGAACAUGACCUCAUUCAGCAUCUCCAAAGUCAAUAUGGCCCCAUUGAGCAUCUCCAACGUGGACACAGCCCCAUUGGGCAUCUCCAAAGUCAACAUGGCCCCGUUGCGUGUGUCCAACGUGGACACGACCUCACUAAGCAUCUCCAAAGUCAACACAGUCCCGUUGAGCAUCUCCAACGUGGACACGACCUCACUGAGCAUCUCCAAAGUCAACACGGCACCAUUGAGUGUCUCCAACAUGGACACGACCUCAUUGGGCAUCUCCAAAGUUAAUACAGCCCCACUGAGCGUCUCCAUGGUGGACAUGGCUCCGUUGGGCGUCUCCAAAGUCAACACAACCCCUCUGAGCAUCUCCAACGUGGACACGACCUCACUGAGCAUCUCCAAAGUCAACACGGUCCCGUUGAGCGUCUCCAACGUGGACACGACCUCACUGAGCAUCUCCAAAGGCAAUAGGGCCCCACUGAGCAUCUGCAACGUGGAUAGGGCUCCGUUGAGCAUCUCCAAGUUGGCUAUGACCCUGCAGGGUGCCUCCAAGGAGGACACGGCUCCACCAGAUGUCUCCAAGGGGGACGUGGCCCUGUUGAGCCUCUCCAAAGGGGACUGGGCACCCCUGGGUGUCCCCAUCUCCAAGGAGGACACAGCACUGAUGGGGGUCACCAAAGGGGAGGGGGAUUUGGCCCCUCUGAGCGUCUCCAGAGGUGUCUUGGCUCCGCUGAGACACCCUGUCCCCACAGGGGGACCCACACUGCAGGGCAUCUCCAAGGUGGACACAGCCCCGCUGAGCAGCUCAAGGAUGGACACGACCUCGUUGGGUGUCUCCAGGACAGACAUGACCCCACUGGAUGUCCCAAAGGUGGACACGGCACCACUGAGUGUCCCAAAGGCAGCUCUGACCCCGAUGAGCGUCUCCAAGGUGGACGUGACCCCGUUGAGCAUCCCAAAGGGGGACACGACCCCACUGACCAUCUCCAAGGUGGAAACGACCCUGAUGGACAUCUCCAAAGCGGAUGUGACCCCGUUGGGCGUCACCAAGGUAGAAACAACCCCACUGAGCGUCCCAAAGGUGGACGUGGCCCCAUGGAGUGUCUCCAAGGAGGACGUGACCCUACUGGGUGUCCCAAAGGUGGACACGACCCGACUGGGUGUCUCCAGGGUGGAAAUGAGCCCAUUGGGCAUCCCAAAGUUAGACAGAACCCUCUUGGGCGUCUCCAAGGUGGAAACGACCCCGUUGAGUGUCUCCAAGGUGGAACCAAACCCGCUGAGCGUCUCCAAGGUGGAACCCGUCCUGUUGGGUGUCUCCAAGGAGGAACUGACCCCAUUGAGUGUCUCCAAGGUGGAACCAAACCCGCUGAGCGUCUCCAAGGUGGAACCCGUCCUGUUGGGUGUCUCCAAGGAGGAAAUGACCUCACUGAGUGUCCCAAGGGUGGAAAUGACCCUGUCAGGCGUCCCAAAGGCGAAAUCGACCCCGUCGAGUGGUGCCAAGGCAGAACCGACCCCGUCGAGCGUCCCAAAGGCAGAACCGACCCCGUCGAGCGUCCCAAAGGCAGAACCGACCCCGUCGAGCGUCCCAAAGGCAGAACCGACCCCGUCGAGCGUCCCAAAGGCAGAACCGACCCCGUCGAGCGUCCCAAAGGCAGAACCGACCCCGUCGAGCGUCCCAAAGGCAGAACCGACCCCGUCGAGCGUCCCAAAGGCAGAACCGACCCCGUCGAGCGUCCCAAAGGCAGAACCGACCCCGUCGAGCGUCCCAAAGGCAGAACCGACCCCGUCGAGCGUCCCAAAGGCAGAACCGACCCCGUCGAGCGUCCCAAAGGCAGAACCGACCCCGUCGAGCGUCCCAAAGGCAGAACCGACCCCGUCGAGCGUCCCAAAGGCAGAACCGACCCCGUCGAGCGUCCCAAAGGCAGAACCGACCCCGUCGAGCGUCCCAAAGGCAGAACCGACCCCGUCGAGCGUCCCAAAGGCAGAACCGACCCCGUCGAGCGUCCCAAAGGCAGAACCGACCCCGUCGAGCGUCCCAAAGGCAGAACCGACCCCGUCGAGCGUCCCAAAGGCAGAACCGACCCCGUCGAGCGUCCCAAAGGCAGAACCGACCCCGUCGAGCGUCCCAAAGGCAGAACCGACCCCGUCGAGCGUCCCAAAGGCAGAACCGACCCCGUCGAGCGUCCCAAAGGCAGAACCGACCCCGUCGAGCGUCCCAAAGGCAGAACCGACCCCGUCGAGCGUCCCAAAGGCAGAACCGACCCCGUCGAGCGUCCCAAAGGCAGAACCGACCCCGUCGAGCGUCCCAAAGGCAGAACCGACCCCGUCGAGCGUCCCAAAGGCAGAACCGACCCCGUCGAGCGUCCCAAAGGCAGAACCGACCCCGUCGAGCGUCCCAAAGGCAGAACCGACCCCGUCGAGCGUCCCAAAGGCAGAACUGAGCCCGCCGGGGCCCUCGCCGCGUCCACCGAAGCGCGGCCGAGAGGCCGGGGCGUCGCCGGGACCCGGGGCGGGGGACAAGC